ACCUAAGAAACGUAAACAAUAUGGCCGACAAUGUUCUCAUUUAAUCAACCUUUUAUGUAAAGAUAAGCACCAAUCGCUAGGUAAACGUUAUUUAACAUGUAUUUUGGCAAUUAAGAAGUUAAAAAUCAACAAAAACAACAACACAAUACGAUGGCGGCCAGUUGGGGAAAGCGUGCCACAAGUCGUGUAGAACGCUCACAGUUUGAGAAUGAUGAACUUCUUCAGCAACUUGGCACCCAGUUUGAUGUCACAUUCACAGACUAUGACAAAUGGACUAGAAAAGCAAAGCUUCGACCCACUGUUCAAGAAGCUGCCAAGGAGCAAGCUCGUAGAGCAGCAUCUGCAGAGUCCUGUCAUCACGGUCAGAUGACAUAUCGCGAGAAAAAAGAGCAUGCCAAGAAACAGGAGGAGGAGAAAGAACGUGCAGAAAGGAUGAAAAUGUUGGAGCUGAGAAUUAAAACAAGAAAGAUGACAUUAGAUGAGUAUGACAAACGCUACGCUGAACUUAUUGAACAAAACAUAAUUCUUCGAGACCAGAUUGAGGUGAAGGAGACGGGCACACUGGAUCAUGUGAAGGGACUACUGAGACGAUAUGAGAAGUACAGGGGAGGCAUUUCCACCCUCAAUGCACACUUCAACCGGGAAUACGCCCAGGCCAAGCAGGAUUUGGCAGACGCAGAGAAACGACUUAAAAAGAGACAAGAAACAAUUGAAAAUGAAGUCAAUGAACUAGAUCAAAAGUUAAAAACUAAACAGGAAGAGCUUCAUGUGCUUUUAAAUUACAAGGAUAAAGAAUACCCAGUGAAAGCAAUGAUCAUAUCAAAUCUGCAGAAGGAAUUCCAGACAAAAACCAUAACAUAUGAUGAGGACCAGGAAGAACUGGAGCACAUUACUCGGACAGAGCUGAGCAAAUAUGAGAAGGAAAAACAGAUGACCCAGAACAAGAUCACGAAACAAGUCACAGAGUCAGCUAUUGAAAUGAUGCACCCAAGCUUGAAGGACAUGGCCUUGCAGAAUAUGGUCAUGGAAAAGGAGAUCGAACUUCACAAAAAGCAGCAAGAAGAACUACAAAAACAGAACUCUGAACUGGAGAAAACAGUGAAGGACUUGCUUAGGGACCCUAAAACAAAUCUAAGACAACAAAUGUUUCCAGAAUUCUUUUUAUACCAACAAAAAUGUACACCAGAUAUGGAAGUAGUAUUAGACAUACCAAAACAAGAAUGGCUUCCAAUAUAGCGAUGCAAUUAAAUGUUGAAGGAUAA